UUAAUACUCUAUACUUAGAUAGAAUAUGUUAGUGUUCCCACAUAUCAUACUCUAUUUUCUUAACAAUCACUAUUAUCUUCUCGAGUUUCUUUUGACUCAACAUCACCAGAGUUACUUUAGCUCGGAUUAUGAUAUGGAUGAAGGUGCACUGCAAGUUUCGAGUCUCAUGUCUGCCCGAAUAUUUUCCUCCCCCCUCUGUCCCUGCUCAAUCAUUUUCUCUUCUUCUUUUCUCUUCCUUUCCUUCCUACCUACGUCCUGUUUACAUCCCAUCCCAGUUCCGCCCCAUCACGGUUGUUUCUUAUCUAUCUUAUACUCUCUUCAGAACUUCAUAGCCUACUAGGUAGCUACACCUAGAUCUCACAUGAAUAUUUUACCCACAUCUCCCACAUCUCCCACAUGCUUACCUACCUACCUAGGAGGUAGGUAUUAAUCUAUUUGCUGUCUAAAACCCGAGUCGCUGUCAUUUAAUCUCAUGUUAGAUACCUAAAAAUCUACUCAUUCAUCUAGGCAAUCAUUACGAGUUGAGUUAUUCUGAUAAUUGUCACUAACCUACCUAUAUUACCUUGUCUCUUACCUAGCUACAUGCCAUCAUGACUCGCCUUGGUAAGGUAGUCAAAUAUGAGCGCCUUGGCUCGCCGGCGGCAAGCUUGAUAUCAGAUACUACCAUGCCGCCGCCAUCCCCUAGCCCCCUCAAGCGGAAGACGCCCCCGACUGAGUAUCCGGAUACUCAAUCUGUAGCUAGAAGCUUCAUUAGGUCUCAUGCUCCUAGCGCCGAGACGUGGCAUCGACGAGACGAUGAUACAGAGCCAAUGUUCAUGGAAAUGAGACGCCUGCCUGACAGCUUCAAGCAAGGUUCACCCGUUUCCCAGAAUGCCGACGCCAGUUUUUCUCAUCAAAGCUUCGCUCACCCAACAUUUACCGAUAUUGGUUUAAAGCAGAAAGCAUGCAAUGACACACUUGGUGAUCUCCAGACACUCGGAGUAUCUCACGUGGCCGCCUUGCCUGAGCUGGUUCUUGUUGGCGACCAGUCUGCUGGAAAGUCCAGCUUGAUGUCCGGUCUAGCACGGGUUAGCCUUCCGCGUAGCGCCGGCGUCUGCACGCGCUGCCCGCUUCAUAUUCGUUUAAUCAGUAGCAAGAUUGACCACUGGUCAUGCACUGUAUCUCUUCAGCGAGACUAUGACUUCAAACCUUUUCCAGAUCGGAAACCAAAGACUUCGGAUGUUACCGUCGCGAACCCCUUCCCCCCUUGGGUCAAGAUGAAUCAUCGAGACACGAAGCCGUUCAAGACCAUUUUCGAUCCCUCAGAAAUCGAAGAGGUCCUUCGUUGGGCUCAGGUUGCUAUUCUGAAUCACAACCGAAACUUCGAAUUAUUCAUCCCUGGCGAAGGUGCCGUGACCAAAGAAACACCACUCGAUUUGGCCGCUCGUGAGACAGAUGCGCAAUUCUCUCCAAAUAUAGUGGCCUUGGAGAUAAAGGGCCCUGGACUUCCUGAUCUAAGCUUCUAUGACCUACCCGGUGUAUUUCAAUCACCGGAAAAGGAAGAAGACGAAUACGUAGUAAAGGUGGUUGAGAAGCUAACCUUGGAAUAUAUCAGGAGAGAAAAAGCAAUCAUCAUGUGGGCUCUACCUAUGAACGUCGAUUUGGAGAAUUCUACCUGUUUGGGUAUCAUUCGCAAGGCCAAGGCAGCACCUCGAACAAUUGGGGUUAUGACUAAGGCAGACCAACUUCCCCCUCAGAAUAUUCCUAAUUGGUUAGCCAUGUUUCGGGGCGACAAGCAGUUGGUCGGACAAGGCUUCUUCGCUACGUCGCGGCCGCCGAGCCAGCCUCUUGAGGACGCAGCCAAAUGGGAAGAACUGUUCUUUAACCGACAAGUUGAUGGCAAUAGCCCAUGGCCGAUCGAAUUCGCGGAUUUCGCCGACCGCUGCGGCGUUGAAGUUUUGCUAAAAUUCUUGUCUGGAAAGCUUACGGAGGCUUUUGCUAGAAGCUUGCCAUCCAUCAAGGAGACUGUUCAUCGGCGUAUCAUUACUAUCAAAGACGAAUUAGAUGCCCUCCCUGAACUUCCCGCCAAUGUAGAACACGAAGUCAAGAGGAGUCUGUUCAAGUUCCUAGAGCAAGUAAAGAGUGCCAUCAGGAACACUGGGUUUUCUUCCGAGUGGAAUACGUUAAACAGUCAGUUCCAGACUUGUGUGUUCAAGAUGAAGCCUACUUGUAAGGUUAAGGACUCAGAGCUUCAGACUAUCGAUAUUUCAGCCGAUUCGGAAGCUACAACACCUGGCUCCUCAAAAAGACCUCGCCCUAGUGACUCAACUAUGCGAAACAUCUCCACGCCAACUAGGCGUCCGCGCCAAGACAACGCCGCUACGCCGGUAAAGCAUGAGGAGAUCGCAGCAGCCAGUCCAUCCCGCGCCUCAUCUAUCAUGGGCGCGCCAGAAUCACGGCACAGCCCGUUCGUCAGGUUUUUCAACCGUGGUCGCUGUGCCAUGGACAUUAAAGAUAUCCGUAACAGGAUACUCAGAACCAAGCGUCCUGGUAUGCCACGAGACUUAGUCCCGGACGAGGUUCGCGAGACUUUGUGCCUAGACGCGGUCAAGAAGUGGGAGGAACCACUAGACACUUAUAUUCUCAAGACGGCAGAACUCUUAGAAAGGACUGCUAAUGCCGCACUUGACGAGUCUCUCGGGGUGUUGCGCCGUCGUUUAAUCUUCAAGGACUGCCAUGAUCAUCUGAAACGGUUUAUUGAAGAGGCAGUCGCCUCGCAGAGGGCACGCCUCUCAGACAUGUUCAACUCUGAGACGUACCAGCUAUAUAUGAUGAAUGACGACGCCUUUCAUCGCUACAAAGCCCAGGAAAUGAGUCAACUUCUGCGUGUACGGGGAAUAAUUCGCCUGAAAUCUCUCACUCUGAUUGACUGGAACUAUACAGCUCAGAGGCUAGAAGACAUGUCGGAAGAAGACAAGAUCAAAGAACGCAAGAUGCUCGAUACCUACCUUCCCAAGAUCGGGAAAGACCCUUACGACACUGAAAUUGAGGUAGCAGGAUUUGUCCGUGGUUACUACAUGAUGGCCGCGGCAAGAUUCGUAGAAGGGGUGACGAUGAACGUAAACUCAAAUCUCCUGCGUACAUUUAGGGAAAAACAGCUGGACAUGUCUCUGGAUGAGAAGUUUCAUAUCUACAGUCACUCCGACCCGGAUCAGUAUAAUAGGUUGAUGGAAGAGGAUGACAGAACGGCAAAGAGAAGGCUACAGCUCAAGGGAGAAAUGGACAAGCUGUUGAGAGCCAUGCAUAGUAUCAACGAGCUUGGAAGCUUUUCUGGCGAUGCUAUUGACGCACAUGGCUCUAGCGGUGUGAACGGUUCGAACCCCAACCAUUUCCACGCGAUCAUGGAGUCCGAUUGUGAAAUGGACGAUGCCGUGCUGUGAUGGAGGGUGUGACGAAGUGACCAGGUUUGAUUUUAUCACGGGAUCGAUCCUCGGUACACUUGUUUUUCUUUUUGUGUCCACGGCUCACCCAUUGGAUAUCCAAGUCCAGGAAUGCGGUUCAAAGUUCCGUGGUUAUGGAUAGGUCAUCAGGGAUAAGGGAAAAGGUGAUACUAGGAUGUAUUGGAGCUAGGAUUCCCGGGGUGGUUUUGGUUCACCAAUCUCUACUAUGUAAAGGCAUCUUGCCUACUAGGUGCUCGGGUAGGUACCUACGCAGGCAAUGAAACCAAGAGGAAUAUGAUGCCAGACAGGCGGGCUUGGUGUUCAGAAUUAACUUAGGCAUAAAAACACCCAUUGUUUUCUUUCAUGCCAGGCGUUAAGUCUAUGUGGUUUGGUCAAAACAAUGAAAUGAUUAUACGGUGCGUUAUAAGGUAGGUACCUGCCUACCUGUGCAUCUUAAGACAC